AUGGCGCUGAAAGCUUUCAUUGGGCAGCCAAGUUGCAGAAGGGUAAAAGAGCCUAUUGUCAAAGUGAGGAGAGGUGUUGGAGCUCUCUGCGAGGAGCAUCUUGGUGGUUUUAGCGUCCCGGUCCCGGUCCAGCCUCAGAUCAUCAAGACAGAUUCUCAUGUUUUGACCACACUGAAGACAGAUGGCAGCCCUGUCAUGGCUGCAGUCCAGAACCCAGCCCUCACUGUCCUCACCACCCCCAUCCAAACGGCUGCCCUUCAAGUACCAACCCUGGUGGGCAGCAGUGGCACCAUUCUGACAACCGUGCCUGUGAUGAUGAGACAAGAGAAGUCGCCCAUUAAGCAGGUGCCUGGGGGAGUCAAGCAGCUCGAGCCCCCCAAAGAAGGAGAGAGUCAGACAACACACAAUAUCAUUGAGAAGUGGUAUCGCUCCUCCAUCAGCGACAAAAUCGUUGAGUUGAAGGACCUAGUCAUGCGGACAGAUGCUAAGAUGCACAAGUCUGGCGUUCUGAGGAAGGCUAUUGAUUAUAUCAAAUACUUACAGCAGGUUAAUCAUAAACUGCGCCAGGAAAACAUGGCACUAAAGCUGGCAAAUCAGAAAAACAAGCUUCUGAAGGGCAUGGACCUAGGCAGUCUGGUGGACAACGAUGUGGACCUGAAGACAGAUGACUUUAACCAGAAUGUCCUUCUGAUGUCCCCCCCAGCCUCUGACUCAGGGUCCCAGGCUGGGUUCUCCCCCUACUCCAUUGACUCUGAGCCAGGAAGUCCUCUUUUGGAUGAUGCAAAGGUCAAAGAUGAACUGGACUCUCCUCCUGUAGUGCUGGGCAUGGUGGACCGCUUUCGGAUUCUGCUGUGUGUUCUCACCUUCCUGGGCCUCUCCUUUAACGCCCUGACUUCCCUGCUGCAAUGGGGAGGGGCUGGAGACUCAGACCAGCAUCCGUACUCAGGCUCUAGUCACAGCGUGCUGUCAUUUGAGUCAGGUUCUGUGGGCUGGUUUGACUGGAUGAUGCCAACGCUCCUCCUGUGGUUGGUAAAUGGUGUGAUUGUCCUAAGUGUCUUUGUGAAGCUUCUGGUCCAUGGGGAGCCAGUGAUCCGGCCACACUCGAGAUCCUCGGUUACCUUCUGGCGGCACCGGAAGCAAGCGGACCUGGACCUCGCCAGGGGAGAUUUUGCAGCUGCUGCGGCCAACUUACAGACCUGCCUGUCAGUUUUCAGUCGAGCACUGCCCACUUCCCGCCUGGACCUGGCCUGCAGCCUUUCCUGGAAUGUGAGCCGCUACAGCCUCCAGAAGCUGUGCCUGGUGCCCUGAUGGCUCAAGAAAGUCUUCUAGUGCUGGCGAGCCACACCGGCCACCGCAGCUGGCUUUGAAGAUGAGGCUAAGAGCAGUGCACGGGAUGCAGCACUGGCCUAUCAGAGGCUGCACCAGCUGCACAUCACAGGGAAGCUUCCUGCAGGGUCUCCAUGUUCAGAUGUGCAUAUGGCUUUGUGUGCUGUGAACCUGGCGGAGUGUGCUGAGGAGAAGAUCCCGCCGAGCACACUGGUGGAGAUCCAUCUGACAGCUGCCAUGGGGCUCAAGACCCGGUGUGGAGGCAAGCUGGGCUUCCUGGCCAACUACUUCCUCAGUCACACCCGGAGCCUGUGUGGCCUCGAGCACAGUGCCAUCCCAGAUUCUCUGCCCUGGCUCUGCCAUCCCCUGGGCCAGAAGUUUUUCAUGGAGCGGAGCUGGUCAGUGAAGUUGGCAGCCAAAGAAAGUCUGUACUGUGCCCAGAGGAACCCAGCUGACCCCGUUGCCCAGGUCCACCAGGCCUUCUGCAGGAACUUGCUGGAGCAAGCUGUGGAGUCAUUGGUGAAACCUCAGGCCAAGAAGAAGGCUGGAGACCAGGAAGAAGAGAGUUGUGCAUUCUCCAGUGCUUUGGAGUACCUGAAAUCACUUCAUUCUUUUGUGGACUCUGUAGGGUUUGCAGCCCCACCCUUCUCCAGCAGCUCAGUGUUCAAGUUGGCCCUCGGUCCUGACGUCAUCUGCCGCUGGUGGACAUCUGCAGUCACAUUGGCCAUCAGCUGGCUCCAGGGAAAUGAUGCAGCUGUGUGCUCCUGUCUGACUGAAGUGGAGCGUGUCCCCAAGGCCCUGGAAGUGACUGAGAGCCCCCUGGUGAAGGCCAUCUUUCACGCCUGCAAAGCUAUGCAUGCCUCGCUCUCUGCAAAAGCAGAUGGGCAGCAGAAUUCCUUCUUUUCCUGUGAGAGGGCCAGCGGCCACCUGUGGAGCAGCCUCAAUGUCAGCGAGGCCACCUCUGACCUGCCCCUCAACCACGUGGUCCAGGUGCUUACCUGUGACCUGCUACUGUCACUGCGGACAGCACUCUGGCAAAAGCAAGCAGGUGCCAGCCAGGCCCUGGGUGAGACCUACCAUGCAUCGGGCACCGAGCUGGCUGGCUUCCAGCGAGACCUGGGCAGCCUGUGAAGACUGGCACACAGCUCGCCAGCAUACCGCAAGGAGUUCCUGCAUGAAGCCACUGUGUGCUUGAUGGCAGGAGCCAGCCCUACUCGCACGCACCAGCUGCUGGAGCACAGCCUGCAGCGCCGCACCACCGAGAGCACCAAGCAUGGAGAGGUGGACGCCUGGCCUGGCCAACGAGAGCAGGCCACUGCUAUCCUGCUGGCGUGUCGCCACCUUUCCCUCUCCUUCCUCUCCUCCCCAGGCCAGCGGGCCGUGCUGCUGCCCGAGGCUGCCCAAACACUGGAGAAGGUGGGCGACCAGCGCUCCUGCAGUGACUGCCAGCCGGUGAUUGUCAAGCUGGGUGGUGGCACUGCCAUCGCUGCCUCCUGACCGCCAGGCGCGGCCCACCACCCUCUGCCUUUGUCUCAGUGUCUCUCCCAGUUCUCGCUCUGUCUCAGACUGUCUCCCUCCUCCCCGCGUCUGUUCUUCUUC